ACCAAGUUUGCAAAUCUACCCACCCCCUUCAUCUUCGUUAUUCUAUGGUGGAUAUUUGACCCAUCAACAACGAAUAAAUAUUCAAGAUCAUCGCUUGUCAAAAAUACUCUCAAGUUAAAUCCAGAUGAGCCGACCUCUAACACCCGAAGCCGAAUCGCUGCGAGAGCAAAUCAGAGACAUAAUUUCAAGGGCAGAUGGCGGUAAUAUAAACAAUGUGGACCGUCUUCAAGCGCUUGAUGGGCGAGUACUUUAUGCAGGGACACCUCUCUCAAUCAAAAUCGGUGACCUGAUGGAGAAGUCCGGAUUACCAGGAUCUGAAUGGGGCUUUACUGUCUGGUCUUUUCCUCAUCAAAAGCGACUUGGAAACCCGAAUAAAAACAUGUGGGUGAUCCCACUGUCAGAUCGAUCAGAAUUAAUACACGGUGGAUCACUGAAAGAAGGCUCUCUUACGCAUGUUACGGAAUUGGAGCCGAUUAUCAGUUCAGGGUCUACGAUUAUAAUCUUCUUGGAAUUGAAGCGAUAGGGGUUUUAUGCUCUCAUACCUUAAGUACAUUUCUGCCUUUAAGGCUUUCCGGCCUUGCUUUUAGCUUGGGAGGCCGGUCAGUUGACCAUUUAGUCGGGUCGCGUCUUCCUCCGAGAGAACAUCAUAUUGGAA